AUGUAUCCGGCGUCACGUGACCGAGAGCUGGCGCGGGCAGCGGCGGCUGAGCCAGUAACGGCCCGGUACCGGCGCGUCAUCUCCACCUUGGACUCUAGAGAGAGCAGCGUCUCCCCGGAGUCUCAUAGACUGCAGGAGCUACAGACCAGGGGCCACUCACAGACAGCAGGAGCUACAGACCAGGGGCCACUCACAGACAGCAGGAGCUACAGACCAGGGGCCACUCACAGACAGCAGGAGCUACAGACCAGGGGCCACUCACAGACAGCAGGAGCUACAGACCAGGGGCCACUCACAGACAGCAGGAGCUACAGACCAGGGGCCACUCACAGACUGCAGGAGCUACAGACCAGGGGCCACUCACAGACAGCAGGAGCUACAGACCAGGGGCCACUCACAGACAGCAGGAGCUACAGACCAGGGGCCACUCACAGACUGCAGGAGCUACAGACCAGGGGCCACUCACAGACUGCAGGAGCUACAGACCAGGGGCCACUCACAGACUGCAGGAGCUACAGACCAGGGGCCACUCACAGACUGCAGGAGCUACAGACCAGGGGCCACUCACAGACUGCAGGAGCUACAGACCAGGGGCCACUCACAGACUGCAGGAGCUACAGACCAGGGGCCCCCCGAAGCCACUGGAGACCACUCAGCUUCCAGGAGCCACUCACAGCAUGCUCGGAGAUUUCCGGGAGUGAGAUCAGACGGCUGCGACCUUCUCCAGCGCGAUCCAGCGGCGAGGACACGUGUGACACCUCUUCCCGUCAACAUGGCUGAGAAGUGUGCUGACGGCAUGCUGGU